GGCGCGGUGGAGGGGCGGGGCCCGGAGCUCGGGCUCCGCCUCCCGCGCGAGUGCGGGGCUGCGGCCAGAGUCCGCGACCGCAGGGAGCCGAGUCCUCGGGACGUCUUGUCGCGGCGGAGGCGAUGUCCAGCGGAGAGGAUUCUCGGUCCUGGGCGCUGGCCAAGCCGGCUUUCACGGAGGCACAGGCCUCUGCCUUGGUGGAAUCCGUCUUCGGGUUCCGAGUGUCGAAGGUCCGGCCCCUUCCCAGCUACGACGACCAGAACUUCCACGUGUGUGUCUCAAGAAGCCAGGACGCCGCCGACGGCCCCGCCGAGUACGUCCUGAAGAUAAGCAACGCCGAGGCCAGCAAGCACCCGGACGUGAUCGACGUGCAGAGCCGGAUCAUCGAGUUCCUGAGGGCCGCCGGCUUCCCCACCGCCUCCGUGUGCCGCACCAAGGCAGGCGGCCUGAGCUCCGUCGUGGCCGUGGACAGGGACUCCAGCGUCAGGAGCUACGUGGUGAGGCUGCUGACCUACCUGCCUGGCAGACCCGUGGCCGAGCUGCCCGUCAGCUCCCAGCUGCUGUAUGACAUCGGGAGGCUGGCCGCCAAGCUGGACAAGACCCUGGAGGAGUUCCGUCACCCCGGCGUACGUAGUCUGCGUCGCGAGGACUUCAUCUGGAACCUGAAAAGCGUUCCUCUUCUGGAACAGUACCUGGACGCCCUGGGCCAGAGCCGAAACCGGGCGAUCGUCGAGCAGGUCAUCCAGCUGUUCAAGCAGGACGUGAGGACCAAGCUCAGCGAAUUUCGGGAAUGCAUUAAUCAUGGGGACCUUAACGACCACAAUAUCUUAAUACAGUCCAGCAAGACAGCCUCUGGAGAUACCGUAGACCAGGUGUCCGGGAUCCUGGACUUUGACGACAUGAGCUAUGGCUACUAUGUGUUCGAAGUGGCCAUCACCAUCAUGUACAUGAUGAUUGAAAGCAAGGACCCCAUUCCGGUGGGCGGUCACGUGCUGGCAGGCUUUGAGAGCGUCAUCCCGCUCACCGCCGCCGAGAGGGGCUCUCUGUUUCUGCUAGUCUGCAGUCGCUUUUGCCAGUCGCUCGUCAUGGCUGCGCACUCUUGCCAGCUAAACCCCGAGAACCGGGACUACCUCAUGGUCACGGCCAAAACCGGCUGGAGGCACCUGCAGCAGCUGUUCGAGAUGGGUCAGGCGGCCGUAGAAGAGAUCUGGUUUGGAACGGCCAAGUCCUACGCGUCCGGGGUCGCCGUGUGAGACCAGGUGGAAGUUGCGUCGUUAAAACUCAGCAGGACCAAGUCCGGUUUUGUGCAGGGCUCACUCGCCCAGCAUAGCUAAAAAUGAACUGAUUGACAAAAUCGGUUCUGAACGUGACAAAACAUGUGUGAAACCUCUCAAGCUCUUCAGGCCAUCAUGACCACUUUUUAAACUUAAAGGGCGGCAGGGGCAGGGGCCAGCUGCAUCCCGCACCAGGGGGCCUGGCUGGAGUCCCACCUCCACUUCCUCCCAGUGCUCUGAUAACGGGCGCCCUGCCAGUCAGCAGAUAACGGCCUGAGCGCUGGCUUCCUGCUGCAUAUGUGCAGACGGGGCUGGAGUUCUACCUCUUAACUUCGCCCGGCCCAGCCAUGGCUGUUGUAGGCAUUUGGGGGAAUGAACCAAGGGAUGGAAGACUCUCUCUCUCUCUCUCCCUCUCCUCCCCUCUCCCUCUCCCUUUCCAAUUAAUAAAUAAAACUCUGAAAAUCUA